AGGUUGAGGUCUUUGUAUUUAUUGUCACCUGCCGCCUAAUUUCUGUUCCUCAUUCUCUCCUCUCUCCCAAACUUAAAAAACUUGUACUCCAUCUCUCUGCUCACUUAUAUUUCUACUUAAAAGUUAAAUCUCCUACUUGUGUUUUCCCUCACAAUACUAGUCCAUUUUUUCAUAUCUUUCCUUCAUUGUGUUUUACUAACACAACACAAACACAUAAUGGGUUGGGCGAUCUCAGCCAAGAAAAAUGUGCUUGUGCUCGCAAUACUCCUGUUGGUCACACUUGAAUAUUGUGACGGUGACGAUGAUUUGGUUUACGAGCCAGACUGUUUAAACGUUCCCACCGCGGAAUUUUUAAGUUCUGUGAAGACCACUAUUGACGUCGUCCAACAAGUCACCUCCAUUGUCGCUGGAUUUAACCGCGGAUUUCAUGAUUUUAGGACUUCUCAUGCCAUUUCUGAUUGUCUUGAUCUGCUGGACCUCUCCACCGACGAACUAGUCUCCACUCUUUCGCUUAUUCAGCACCCGCACGACAGUAAAAACAGGAGCACGGGCAAUCUGAGAGCAGAUUUGAAAACAUGGUUAAGCGCGGCACUGGGCAAUCAAGACACUUGUGUUGAAGGCUUCGAUGGCACUAAAGGCUCUGUCAAAAAAUCAGUUGCAUCAAGUCUUGAACAGAUCACCUCAUUAGUCCGUGUCAUUCUUAACAAUGUCGAACCACCUCGUAAUAAUGUUCAUAGUAAUAAAAAUGUUCGUGACAAUGGCGGGAGGAGGGAGCACCGGGGUCAUCGUGGCAGUGGCAGGCCGGGGUGGAUGCAUAAGAGGAAGUUGAUCGGAGGGGAAAAGUUUCCGGAAUGGGUGAGGUCUAGUGACCGAAAGAAGUUGUUACAAGUUAACGGGGUGGAGGCUGAUUUGGUGGUGGAUGCGAAUGGGAAUGGGAAUUUUACGACACUGAGUGAUGCUAUUAAAGCGGUGCCUGAUUAUUCCACCAACAGGACUGUGAUUUAUGUGAAGAAAGGAGUGUAUAAUGAGUAUGUGGAGAUUAGUAAGAAGAAAUGGUAUGUUAUGUUGGUGGGAGAUGGGAUGGAUGUUACGGUUAUUUCUGGUAAUCACAGCUUCGUUGGUAAUUGGACCACUUAUCGAUCUGCAACCUUUGGAGUGAAAGGCCGGGGAUUCAUAGCUAGGGACAUGACAUUUCAGAACACAGCAGGACCCGAAAGCCACCAGGCAGUUGCAUUUCGAUCUGACUCUGAUUUAUCAGUUCUUUAUCGAUGUGCAAUGAGGGGUUACCAAGACACAUUAUAUGCUCACUCACAACGCCAAUUCUACCGUGAAUGCCACAUUACAGGCACGGUAGAUUUCAUUUUUGGUGACGCGGCUGCAGUAUUUCAGAAUUGCCAAAUCCUGGCAAGGAAGGGAUUACCUAAUCAAAAGAACACAAUUACAGCUCAAGGCCGUAAAGAGGCAGCAGAAACUACAGGUUUUUCAAUUCAGUUCUCCAAUAUAUCCGUGGAGCCGAAUGUAGUAGCUGGCAAUUCGACAUUAACAUAUUUGGGAAGGCCUUGGAAGUUAUAUUCAAGAACGGUUAUCAUGCAGUCAUAUAUCAGCAAUGCUAUUAGGCCAGAAGGGUGGUUGGAAUGGAACACAACGUUCGCGUUGGAUACUCUUUAUUAUGGGGAGUACAUGAAUUAUGGUCCGGGGGCUGGCUUAGGCAGCAGGGUGAAGUGGCCGGGUUAUCGUAUACUGAAUACUACGGCAGAGGCCAAUGCAUUCACAGUGGCUCAGUUUCUUCUUGGUAAUUCGUGGUUGCCAUCUACGGGUGUAAAAUACACUGCUGGAUUGGUAGUCUGAGCACUUCAUAUUAUGAUUUCCACUCUAUUUUCUCAACUCUAUACUUGUCUUCUCUUCUUUGCUUUUAUAAUUAUAUAGAAAGGUCUUGGGAGGUAACUGUCUUCAGUGGCGGAUCCAGCUCUAAGUUGAGGGAUCAAAUAUUACAAACUUCACAUAUAUAUAAGCAUUAUAGCAAACAGUAAUAUUAUCAAAUAAACUAUAAAGUUUGCAAAACCA